AUAUAAAAUAUAGCCUACACAUAAAGCACUUGUUCAAUUCUGUGAACAAGUAUGGUCAGAGACAUAUUUUUGUAUGUUAGUCAGAAUCUUUUCUAAUAAACAAUAUGAAAAGUAACAUUAGCAGAGCCCAAAUUUUAUUGGUUAAACUCCUGCAUGUGAGACCUAGAUAACAUCCCACUUCACCAAAUACCAACAAAAAAUAUAAUUACAGAAACUUGUGCAUUACAUUAUAAAUCUUGAUAAACUGUCAGUUGAGCACCACUCACCAUUCCCAUAACCUCAAAAGAAAUUGUCAAUCUCACCUUGUCACAAAGGAGAAGUAAUGUCAAGAAGUUUUCUUGCUCUGCUGCUUUUCAUGUUUCUCACAAAAAUUUCAGUGAAUGGGCAACUAGAAGAAUGGUGCAUAGCAGAUGAACAGACACCAGAUACUGAGUUGCAAGUGGCUUUAGAUUGGGCAUGUGGGAAAGGGGGUGCAGAUUGUAGCAAGAUUCAAAAGGACCAGUCUUGUUAUUAUCCAAAUACUGUGAGAGACCAUGCUUCUUAUGCCUUUAAUAGUUACUUUCAGAAGUACAAGAAGAAAGGUGGAACCUGUUUCUUCAACAAUGCUGCAAUGGUUAUUCAAGUUGAUCCUAGUAAGUACUACCUGUUUUCUGUUUCAAUUUGCAAAUUAUAUAAUGUCUUUAACAAGAAACAGAUGACAGAUAUUAGGUUAGUAAGCUUGUGUUAUCAACCAAUAUGUGCCAAAUUACACGAUUAGAGGAAUGGCAGGAGUAUACUCCUAGAAGGGAGAUUCUCGCUCAACUAAGAAUGAUUCUCAUGUUUGGAAAAAGUUAAGUUCAGUAUCGAUAUAACAUAGAAUAGAAAUUGAAGAUCGAUACUGAACUUCUAUGUAAAGUUCAAAUCAUGGAUCCGCUUCUGUAUGACACUAUCCAAAUGCACCAAUGAUAUCUUGAAUAAAAGGGUGGGGUGGGGGUAAAAGGAAAAACUUGUCUUGUGUCCAAAGGAAUGUCUAGAUCAUGUUAUCACAUGAAACCAUGUUAAAGUACAAA